GCGACAUCCAUCGAUUCAUCGAUCUCACUUGCUCAUUACUACCACUCAUCCCUCCUCCUCCUCCUCCUCCUUCUCCCACUCUCGUGGCGCUCAAUUGGACCUCGGAACCCCUUGGUCGCCGUCGCUUUCCACCCCUUUAGCGUCCUCCGCAGUUUGUCGUGUGCCGCCUUUCCUUCCUCCUCGCCGUCCUCUUCGCCGGAGCGCUCAGUCCAAUUCCGAGCCGGACGUCCUUGAGCUUUCACCGAGAGUAGCAGGAGAUCGACUCCUAGUUGGUGCCCGCGUCUCCUUCCCAAGGCAUCCCUUCACUACUCAACACUAGCAUUUUCAGCAAUCUCGAGCUCUGUCCGUAGUCAGGCAGAAGCACGGAGACCUCGACGAAGGCGCUGCUCCUCGUCGUAACCUCCAGCCCUCCAAAUAGGCUUCUGCUUUCCAAGCAUGGCCUCCAUCUUCGAUGCUGCCCAGUCAGGCGACGUUGCCGCCCUGCGCAACCAGUUGGACGGCUCAGCAUCCAGCGGACCCGUCGACAUCAAUGGCAAGGACGCCAAUGGCCGCUCGGCUCUCAUUCUGGCCGUCGAAGCGGGACAUGAGGACGCCGUAUCUGAGCUUUUGAGUCGAGGCGCUGACCGUCACGAAGCCCUCGCUGCCGGCCAUGGCCAAAACGGCUCAAGCAUCGCAUCUCUCCUCAACGAGGCUCAGCUGCGCUCCCAGCACCCCGGCAGCGACGACCAGCAGCCUGCACCGCACCACAUGUACGCACCCAUCCCCACAGACAUUUACGGCGGCUAUCAGCUUCCCGACGGGUCCAUUGCCUACGGCGGCUACCCACAAUACCCUCCCCCCUUCCAAGGCCAAGGAGCAAGCGGCGCUCCCGGUCAGCCCGCCUUCUACCAUGACCCAGUCAUGUUCCCUCACGCCUACCCCUCCUUCCCUCCCAUGAAUGGCGGCCCGCGACCGCGAGGCUCCUCUUCUUUCGGCCAAGGGCGCAAGCCCUCGACAGUCGGCAAGCUCCCUCCACCAGAGGUAGCAAAGACGAUUCCAUGCCGCUUCUAUCCCAACUGCCGUAAUGGUGCUAGCUGUAUCUUUGCCCACAUCGACGGCCCCGUUCCUGAGAACGGUGAUGUGGCCUCCCCUUCUCACCCGCACCACGGGCCUCCUCACCAUCCUCACCACCAUAUCCCGCAAGAUGGCUCAGCAGGGCACCCACCGCCACCCCCCGGCUACUAUGGGAUGCCUCAACCGUUCCCGCCUCACUUCUUCAUGAUGCCUCCGGGUGCGAAUGGAGCUGGGCCCAUGGGAAUGCCUUUCGGAGGACCGUCAGGCGCACCGAUGCCGUUGCACUACCAGCCGCAUGAGGCGCCGCACCCAGGACAGAUGACGCCCGUUGCUCCGAUGGCAGAGGUACAACCGCAGGAAGGUGCCGCGUCUGCUCCUGAGCAGCCUACCGCCGGCGAGGCGUCAGCGAGUCCAGCGCUCGCCAAUGGCGAAGAGGCGCCCAAGGCUGCUACUGCUGAGGGCGAGGAGAAGACCACGACUGAGCAAGACGCGGCCACCACUGCAGACAGCGCCGCGCAACCACGCCGCCAAUCCUUCAGCACCUUCCUUCACUCCCACGCCGUUCCCUUCCAACCAGCCUCCGUCGUCUCUUCAGUCAAUGGCGCCGCGGUCCCCAUUCCUAUUGGCCCUGCUGCGGGGUACCCCGGGCAAGGCCACAGCCAGGGUGGCUUCAGCGGUCGGGGCAAGCUGCGCGGUCGUGGCGGUGGAGCGGCAGGGAUGAUGGGCCGAGGAAAGCACGAGCGUAGCCCUUGCACCUUCUUUGCAAGAAACGCCUGCAAGUACGGAUCGGAGUGCCUCUUCCCUCAUAUCCUCCCUGAUGGAUCUGAUGCGAGAAGGCUGCCUGGCAUGCUUGCCCAGUCGCAGCAUCAGCGUCAUCAUCAGCAUCACGCACAUCACCAUAACCAGCAGGUGGAAGGCGCAGCUGCUGGCCCCUCGUCGGCCGUCCUCGUCAACGGCGAGCCUAUCAAGACGGGCAACACGCCCCGCCAGCCUGCAGCAGCAUCCGUGCCCCUUGGCCCGAAGCUGAAGAGGGAAGCCGGUCUGCCGCCCACCCCCUCCGCUGAAGUGACGUCGACCGCAGCUGCGCAGCAGCACGAGAGCGGCUCAUCAAAGAAGGAGAAGGCUCAGCCCAACGGCAGUGCAGUCGUCCCUUCCAAGCCAUCCGCAACAGCCACGGCGGCCGCAGCAGCCUCUGCUUCCUCAUCACCGACGCAGCAGCAGGCACAGCCCGCCCAGUCUGCUGCCGCUCCUCAGUCAGCAACCUCAUCACAACAGCAGCCCCAACAGCCACGAAAGGGCAACAGCAAGGCUAACGGUAAUGCUCAGAACGGCAAGAAAGGCAAUGCUGCAGCUUCAUCAGCCGCCAGUGCGGCCGCACCACAGCAGCGCAUGCCCGUCGGAGCGGACUUCCCUGCCCUUCCCGGAUCGCCGAACACCAACGGCACUCCCUCGAACGCCCCUUCACAGCCUGCCCCCACCACUAACGGCACGGCAGCCACUUCUCCCGCUCAGCCGGCAGAGACCUCGCAGGCUUCUUCGCCAAAGGCAGCCGUAGCGCAGCCUAAGGUGAACUUUUCUGCUAUCCUGUCUGCUCCUGCCCCUCCUAAGAAGGUAGUGGAGGCACCCGUCACCGCUGCACCAGUUGCCGAGGACAAGUCAACCAAUGGCGACGCCGAGCACCAGCCCCAAUCGGAGGAGACCGCCGUCCCCGCUGAAGGCAAGCCGCAGCCGAAUGGCCACGCCGCGCCCGCUGUGAACGGCGCUCCUUCGAAGCCGACCACCAACGGCGCCUCCGCCUCCAAGGCUUCCAAGGGCUCCGGAUCUGCCAAGACGACAAAGACCUGGGCAGCCAAGCCUGCCCCGACCCCUACUGCGAGCAAGGAGCCUGUUCUUGAUGCUGACGACUUUCAGCUUGUCAAAGGGAGGGGACACAACAAGAGGACCACGGGAGGCGGUGCUAGUGGAUCAAGGAGCGGCGGGUCUUUUGCUGGGGCGACAAAGGCUGCCAUGGCUGCCUGAGUGAGCACUCCAAGCCUUGUCGACUCUUAGCACCCACCUCAACAGGAUCGCCUUGAUCGUCGAAAUCGCACAGAGCUGCGCAGCAUCUCCUCAACUCUCCUCGAACAGGAACAUGUCGCCCAUCGCACAGCUUCCACAUCCAGGCUCUAGACCAAGCCUACCAUCCUACCGUCGCUCUAUCUUGUCUCGACUCGACUCGGUUCGACCUUUCCACCUCCCUCUAGAGCACCUUCCUCCAAGCCUUCCACCCCCCCCGCGCGAACCCUUCGUACUUCGUAUCGAUCGAUAAGCUAGAGGCCAGUCUUCCUCCUCUGUUCUCUCAACAGGCCCCACGACCCCACACACCUCCAGACCACGACCGACUUCGUCGACCCGUCGCUCCUAGCAUCGCCUUGUCUCCUCUUCCUCUUGUUGUGCCGGCGAUCCCACCUACUUUCAGCUUCCUCACUUUUGCGAUUCUGCCAUCUCGAAUGACAUUGGAUCGUCUUGUUGCUGCUC